AUGGCACUUGACACCCUUGUGAACCGGGUCCCAUUCUCGAAGAAUGGCCUCCAGGUACUUGCUGGCAUGUACCUGGGUGGUCUUCUUUUGAGAUGGGACCAGUACGACCUGUUCAACUCCUUGUUCGACGCGGGCGUCGACUUGGAUAUGUUUUUGUUGCGCUGGGACUUUAGCACCCUACUCGGCGAGAUGCUUCUCGUCAUCAAUCCGGGAAAGGCCAAUACUUUCCUUCUGCGCCUGAACAUGGCGCCCGAAUACCUCUGGCUCGGCAUUCACUGGGCUGGGACCCCCGAAACCGGUAUUUACAUCUCUACCCAGGUGUGUGGGGACACUGAAGCUUACCAUUUAGUCCCGAUUUCCGCCUACCUCACUUCCCUCGCUGAUCUCCUCUCGGACCGUCCCCUGCUGGCAGGGGCGGUCCUGCACCGAACCGACCCCGUCAACCAGCAGUGGCAGACCAUAAUUGGCGCCCUGCUGCACCACCUCGACUCGGUCUCCGCCCGCUGUGCCUCCAACCCCACUGCCUCCGCCGUCGACAUGGAGAUGAGUGGCGUCGAGUACUCUCCGCCCUGCCAUGCCGACACCAUGAUUCGGGAUUUGUCCCCCGACAUGGACCUUUGCGACGGGUCCGCCAUUGAUCCCGCUGCCGCGAUCCCCUCGGCCCCCGCCAUGGGCUCUUGUGCCGUGAACAAGAGCCCCCGCCACUACCGGGCCGCUCGUUCCCCGAGCCCCGAUUACGCGGCAGCUGCAGCUGCUCGCAAGACAUACCGUGCCCGCUGCUAG